UAAUGUCUUCUCUGCGCCUUUACGGUACAGACCGUCGCGGGUCAGCAGAGGCAGAGUAGCGAACGUCGCCUAAGCGCGCGGUUUCUCUUUAUCAGGUGUUGGACUAGGGAAGUUGGCUUUUUGCAGGGGAGAGGGUAAGCAAUUUCCCCACAAUGUCUGGUGAGUCAGACCAUCCUCAACCUGGCCCCUCACAGGCUAGGGUAGGCCAGCCAAACCCUGAGAGAGAUCGGGCUGGGGUCCCGGGAGGGGUGAUUCAAAGAGCCGACGCCCAAGGGCCCAGGGCCUGGAUCCAAAAGGUUCUUGACAAAGUUAUGGAUUCACCUGGUCAGUGGGUCACCCUCUCGGAGGUGGUGCCUGUCGCUGUGCUGGCUAGCCAAAGAUACCUGUUAAAGGAUGAGCCACGUGACCAGAUGCCCAGGCUUCCCCUUUAUGGUUAUGUGAAGAUCUCAGACGGGGUGUACCAAGAAAAGUGUUACCUGGCCCCCAACUUGAACGCUCUUGUUUAUAAAAAUAUUCUUAAAGGCAUAGAAGUGAAGAUUUCUAGAGUCUUGUGUCCUUACAAUGAGAAAAGAUUAGGCCAGGGGAUCUUGUGCAUAGAUAGCAUCCUCUGUGGGGAGACCUUGGACUUUAUCUCUUUAGAAACUCCCUUCAGAAAUAGAGCACACCAAGAGAAGCCAGAGAGGCCUUUAAGGGGCGGGAGAGCUCAUUGCCUGACGCUGUGGAAUAACAGAUCCGAAGAUCCGUAUGGAGAUACCUGGUUGAACAACAAGCAACCUGAAGAACACGAUUUUAACAAUACCAAAAUAAUUUCUCUUUCUCACCUUGAAAUGACCUAGGCUAGCAGAUGGAAUUUUCCUGCAUUGCUUGUGAGGAUCUUACAUAAAUUGAAACUGCGAUAUUAUGGGAAAUCUGAUAAAACCUUUUUGGAAGUUGCUGACAGUUCAGGCAUAGUGUCAGUGAUUAUGUGGAAUGCUCUAUAUCCUGAGUGGUCAAGUUUGCGGGUUGGUUUAGUUCUUCUAUUACAACAGUAUACUGUUAAAAAGAGUUGUCCAUUCAGGAUUCAGCUUCUCCCUGCAGAUCCACAGAUCAAACUCAUUUCUACAAUGGAAAUCUGCCUGAACUUUCAAGAUCCUCCAACUAAUAUAAUUAUCAUCCCAGAAAAGCAAGUAAAACCAGACUGGAAAUUGCCAAAAUUGUGUCACUGAUUUGUCACAAGAUCAGAACUGGACAAUAUGCCAGAAAUAUCUGAUGUGAUUGGCAUUUUAGUGUUUGUAGGAAGGGUCCAGCAGUAAAAAAAAAAAAAGGUACAAAACUGUGAAGAUUUUUGGUCAUAUCACUAGGUUCACUUUGCUGAUGGGACUUCAGAACAACCAUUUAUAAUAGAACUGUUUUCUACAUCUCAGCCAGAAAUCUUUGAAAAUAUUUACCCAAGUCACAGAGGCCAACUGUAUACUAGUGAUUCCAAGAAAAAAAAAUUUAUUCAGUGGAUUAAAACAAAGACCAUUCUGGAAAUGAAGAACACUGUUAUUGGUGGAUAUUAUCCUUAUCCACCAGUGCCAGAGACAUAUUCAAAGUAUAGUAGUUCUGUCAAAGUUGAGUGGCCCUUGACAGCCAAAAGUGAAGUGAGGAAGGAGAUUGAAGACCUGCAGUAUAGGGAACAAAAUCACAUUGCAAUUCACGGGAUAAUUACCAUUAUAAAAUAUGUCCCUCAUAGCGGUGCAACUGAAAGUGCCUCAACAUCAAAAACACUUUGGCUGCUAAAGCAGGCCAAUAUAAUUCGUGUCCUCUUUGCAACUAGUCUGUAUGCUCAGGACCAAGUAUUUAUACCACUGAGGUCUGAACCACAAGCAAUUGAUGUUGAAUUCCUACUGUAUUGUCCUGAAGAUCUCCAAACAUCACUAAUAGACACAUUAUUGACCUGCAUGAAUUACAGUUGUGUGUAUCCACAGGAAGUAACUGGAAAUAACAAAUUGCCAGGUCCAAGAGCACUUGCAGGUGAUAUUAUAAAAGCAGCAGCUGAACUGGAUAGAGUACACAUCGUUUGUAUCUUGGAUAUCUGUAAUUUCGGUGACAAUAAAGUAGAAGUUUUGCAGAAAAUUUAUAGUCCACAGAAUACUUUUUAAAAUCGGCAAAUGAAAUUAUUACAAGUUAUAGAGAGAGCACUGCUUUGAAGAUAUUCUUUUUGUUGACAAUUGCAGUAACUGUUUUUCAGCAAGACUAUUACAUGCGCUCUAAAGUUACGUGGUUUUAUGUUCAUCUUGUAUUUGAGGCUAACAUACUUUUCCCCUCAGCACUUGUAGUUUUCUGUUUGUUUUUUAAAAAA